ACCGGCUAAUUAGCAGCUACCCCCCUACUAUCACCCCUAUUUCCACCUGUUGCCUCGUGUCACAGCAAGGGAAGAGAGGAAAUACUUUGGGCUUUGUUUUAACAUCACCGUGAGGAGUUAGGAUCACUAUGCAACAUUGAUAGGAUAUUUUAGCUUUCUUCAUGAGAAAUAAAGGCCGCCGCCCUCCCUGCUCACGGAGAUAAAACAAAGUCAGUCGCGAUGUUCUCCACCACUCAUGAACACACCCACGCAGUCGCCGGGAGCCCACGUUCUGAAGCCGGCCUCCGCACCCGCAGCACCUCAACCAGUCCCACCAUGUCCACGGGCUCCCUGAGUGACGUGGACGACGAGCUGCUGGACGGCAUACUGAAGUUCGCCUCGGCGGAGAGCACCGAUGAGAGCUCCAACAGCGAGGGGCACGCUGCUGCGUGCACGCCGCCCACCAAGCGGCGCCGGACGGCAUCGCGCAAGGCCCAGUCCCGCAAGGCCAUCGCGGGGGAGGAAGGCGCUGGUGCCCCCCCGCGGGAGGGAAAACAAGUGCAGAGAAACGCGGCCAACGCGCGGGAGAGGGCCCGGAUGCGGGUCCUGUCUAAGGCCUUCUCGCGGCUCAAGACGUCCUUGCCGUGGGUGCCGGCCGACACAAAGCUGUCCAAGCUGGACACGCUGCGCCUGGCGUCCAGUUACAUCGCGCACCUGCGGCAGGUGCUGGCCAACGACAAGUACGAGAGCGGAUACAUCCACCCCGUCAACCUGACAUGGCCCUUCAUGGUUGCAGGCAAGCCCGAAAACGAGUUGAAGGAAAUGCUGAGCCCCACGCGGUUGUGUGGCACCACGGCAUCGUGACCAAACACACUGUGGAUACCUCGUCACGUUUCAUUUGUCACCAUUGGGACUAGUGAAGCCCAUGUCUCAUCUCCACAGACCUUCGAGUGGGAAUAACAGCUGGGAGGGAGGGAUGUCCUCCUCCUUCUUUCGUUCCCGUAAAAAGAAACUAUUUAAUUGCAUUGUUUCUUUUUUAAAGUCACCCUUUUUAUUUGUCUUUGCUGGUCCAAAGACAAACAGCGUACUCUUUGUAAUAUGUACUCUGCAUAAGCAUUUUUUUAUGUAUAGUAUAUAGUAGUCUCUUAAAUUGUACAGAUGCUAUAAAUAUAUAUAUAUAUUUGUAUCACUUUUGACAUUUUGCUAUCCUUUGGUUUGUGUGUGUCUGUGUGUUGUGACCUCACCUCUGUUAUCCCUGAACCCCUUUUGGAAUAAUAGCCCAAACCUGAGCAGAUAAGUGGCAGUGUUUUUGCUAAAAGAUAACGCUGGAUGCGGAUGCCUUUGCAUAAACAAACGCUGGCCUGCAAAAGAUUACUUUUAAAACAAGAGAAAAAGGCUUCUACUUGGGUAGUUUGAAAAAACAGAAAAACUCCAGUAAAAGGCCUAAAAGGCAAGUUUUUUUUUUUUUAUGUGAAAUUAAAGUGGGGUAAGGAAAAGAAAAAAGGGGAAAAUGUGUGUUAAUCCUGUGCAGAGCGGUUGUUUUAAUUCUGGUGGGUUAUGACCGGUGAUGUUUACAUCCCGCAGACAGUUAUUUAUGUGUUCUGACAAAAGGCCUCUCUCUCCCUUUCUUUCUCUGAUAGCAUCCCUCUCUUCAUCCCCAUUUUGUUGGCAAAUACAAACACUUUUACUCUCACAGAAAAGUGAGAGAGCAGCUCAAAACUUAGACAAAAAAAAACAAAACUAAAUCGGUUUUUGGGCCUUUUAAAAGCGACAGAGAAUUCAAAAUCAUUGAUGUUUAACAUCAUGUUGAGCUGUUGUGCUAAUGUUUGGGCCGUGACAUUUAUCAUUUAAAAUACUUCUACCUGCACUAACUUGGUCUCAAGCAAUUAAAUCAGUAGUUUUCAAACUUUUGACACCAAGUACCACUAAAAAAAAUUCUUAGCGCUCCAAGUACCAUGAUAACCAACAUUCAUAUAAAGUAGAGCAGUAGGCCUACGUUUUCAGCAAAAACAAGGAAAAGGUUUUACUCCUAAAAAGUACAUUUAAUAUCAUGUAAGCAACUGUAACAUUAUGAACAGUUUGAACAUUAAGACUGGGUUUAAAUAUAAAAAAAUACAAAACAAAACAAAACAAAAAGGGAUUAAAUGCAAACAUAUUGUACUAAAAACUGAAAGACAACUGAACGGUACUUAGGCAUUGAUUCUUUCAUACCACUAGAGAACCCACGUACCUAGUAGUACUCAUACCACACUUUGAAAAUGACUGAUUCAUACUGUUAAAUCACAAAGUGAAGGACGAGUGUUACUUUAGGUUGAGGAUGUUCCGUAAAAAGUUCAAUGGAGAAAAAAUAUGAAACACUGAAAAGAACUGUUUUUGCAAACAAGACAGUUAAGCUCGUUGUCAUAAAGCAGAAAUAUGCUGGAAAAUGGAUUCUUCAAAUGGCUUGUAUGCAAAUAGUUGGGUCUUGGGAGUUUUUCUGGAGGCUUAAUUUACAUAAUAAACCACACUGAGCUUCUCUGCCCUCGACUUGGAAGCUACCCAGGACGAGGAGCUGCCAUUUUCAAGCAACAUUUCUAGUCGUUGUUUUUCUUCUAGUAGUGCUACUAGUGAAGUGCAAGAUGUUAACUAGUAGAAUUUUAUGUCACCAGCAGUCCUAGUAGCACGCAUUUGUACACAGCUUUGCGUCACGAGAAACAUGUAGCUGUCCUACAAGUAUGCCAGUCUUACUAGUGAGGACAAGUAGGGUACUAGUACGUGGACCUUUAGCUGGAUAUCAAGAAUAUUGAAUAAAUGCUCAAACAGCUUUCAAAGCCAUUUAUGUUUCGUAUACGAGUACACUCUUUGUCCUCACUAGUAAGUCAAUUGCACUAGUAAAAUGACUAGGACAGUGAUUCUCAGUGUGGUACUAGUCCCUCUAGUGGUACAUGGGCUCCCUCCAGUGGUACACAAAAUAAUUACUGCCAAAGUUCAGUUCAGUUGUAUUUAAUGUUUGUACAACCCAUUUCCAUGUUUAAGAACUGUUCAUUUUAAAACUUUUAUCUAGGUAUGUAUGUACAAUAUAUUUUAAUUGACUCACCAUUGAAGUGAAUUGUCCAAUUUAAACACAGUGUUAAUGUUCAACUGUGCAUAAUGUUACAGUAGCUUAAAAUAUUAUUCUACUUUUGAGAAAUAAAAACUCAAAGAGAAUACUAGUACGUGGACCUUUAGCUGGAUAUCAAGGAUAACGAAUAAAUGCGCAAACAGCUUUCCAUAGGCGACCAUCAGCGCUCACCUCGACGCUCAAGUCCACGCCCACAGGAACAACAAGACGGAGGACCGCCGCAAUAAAAGAGACGCAGCGAUGUCACUUCAAGGGCCCUCACCUAAUACAUCAGCGGUGGUGUGGCAGGGCCCCCCAGCAAUCCCCCACCACCAUACCGACACCACCCUUUGAGGGACCACCUGGGAGAAAAUAAACUUGGCCGUCUGCCCCCCAAGCCCAAGGGAGGGGAGAAGUGGAAGCGGGAUUCCCAUACUUGCUAAUAGUUUUGUUGGACCUCUGCCCAAAAAGGGGGGGAGGGGAAGAAGGAGGGAAGAAGUCACAUUUUGAUGCAGCUGAUGCUGUCAUUUGUUGUUCUCACUUCAGUGUGUUCCCAUAAGAAUUUAGAAGAAAAUCUUACGCAAAGUUAACAUAGAAGUCAGUGGUGGCUGGUCAAUAGCGGGCGCUUGGGAACCACCCAACCACUGACUGUGGUCACCGCAUUACUUUCCUCGAAGACAAAAAAUGUAAAAUAUUUAUUAUGAAAUAAGAAUUUUUGAAAAUAUAGUAUAUAUGUAUCGAUUUUUAGAUGAGCAGGAUACACAAUAUAUAGUUAAUGAUGAGUAAAGCUGUUGUUUUGUUCAUCUGUGUCAUCUGAUUUUGUGACGCAUUUCCGGUCUGGGCCGCAUUGACUCUCGUUUCAAGUUUGACAUGCGCAGUAGCAUGCAAUAGAUACGACCGAGCUGGGGCACAACGUACCGGCGCCCUGAGCUGGCCGACGUCACAUCAGACGCU